CUGCAGGGUGAGGCCAUUCACGCACCAAUCGUUCCUGUUGUUGCCGAGCCUGGUUUAUGAGUUUUGCUUUCUAUUCAUUUUCUUUCUGUUAUCGACUUGCUUGGAAUAAAGCACGCAUACGUAAAAUGUUGACUCCAGCGGAUGCCCUCUCAUCUUAAACAGGCGCAUUCAGAAUAACUGGUUACAAUUCGCGGAUGCAAGAAAAGGCAAGAUUUUGGCGAUCUAAGAUGAAAUUUCCAAUAGAAUCGUCAAGAAAACACACUAAUUGUGAGCCACCAGUGGCUGUCCAAUCCACUGUGCAAGCCUGUGACUCAAAGACCAACGGGCACUAUCCGGUAUCCAGGCUGUCCAUAUCUUCCAGGACUACGGUGAUAGCUAGUAUGGACAGUUGUCACCAGUCAUCGCACACAGUCAUGAAGUGGAAGACGGUGCUGGCCAUUUUCGUGGUGGUUGUGGUUUACUUGGUGAUCGGAAGCACGGUUUUUAGAGCUCUGGAAAAGCCUUUCGAAAGCAAACAGAAGAAUAAAAUCACGGCGGAAAAAUCCAAUUUUCUUCGAAAUCACCCGUGUGUGAACUCCGAUGAGCUUGAUGCGCUUAUUAAGCAUGCAAUUGAAGCUCUUGGUGCAGGAGUGAACCCUAUAGGUGACUCAACUAACAAUACAAGUCAUUGGGAACUUGGCAGUGCGUUUUUCUUUGCUGGAACUGUGAUAACCACCAUAGGCUAUGGGAAUAUUGCACCCAGUACUGAAGGAGGAAAAAUAUUCUGCAUCUUAUAUGCAUUAUUUGGCAUUCCACUUUUCGGCUUUCUGUUAGCAGGGAUUGGGGAUCAAUUAGGCACAAUCUUCGGUAAAAGUAUUGCAAGAGUGGAGAAAGUAUUCAGAAAAAAGCAAGUGAGUCAAACUAAAAUUCGAGUCAUCUCCACAAUCCUUUUUAUUUUAGCGGGUUGUCUUGUUUUUGUGACUAUUCCAGCAAUUAUUUUCAAACACAUCGAAAGAUGGACAACGCUGGAUUCCAUCUAUUUUGUUGUUAUCACUUUGACGACAGUGGGAUUUGGUGACUACGUAGCAGGUGGAAACGUAUCUAUUCAUUAUCGAGAAUGGUAUAAACCACUGGUGUGGUUCUGGAUCUUGGUGGGCCUGGCUUACUUUGCUGCUGUCCUCAGCAUGAUUGGAGACUGGCUACGUGCAAUUUCCAAGAAAACAAAGGAGGAGGUUGGUGAAAUGAAGGCUCAUGCUGCUGAAUGGAAAGCAAAUGUGACAGCAGAGUUCAGGGAGACACGGAGACGACUAAGUGUGGAGAUACACGACAAACUUCAGAGAGCAGCAACCAUCCGAAACAUGGAGCGAAGGCGGCUUGGCUUGGACCAGCGAGCACAUUCCCUGGACAUGCUCUCCCCUGAGAAGCGGUUAGCAUUUGCAGGUCCGGAGACCGGCCAAUUCAAAGCAUCAUCUCAGGAAAGUAUAAAUGGCAAUGCUAACAAUCUACAGCAGAAAGAAACAAGGCAAUAUGACAAGCACAUGCAGGGAGCGUCAGAGGACAACAUCAUCAAUAAAUUUGGAUCUUCGUCAAGAGGAAUCAAGAGAUACAAAAAUAAAGAACUUAAAAAAGAAAUACCAGAGGAUGUUAGAAAAAUAUAUGAAACAUUUGGGAAUUGUGCUCUGGACCAAGAGAAAAAGGAUCUUGAAAAAGAGAAAGAAAAUAGCCCAGUUGUCCCAGCUAUAACUAGUUACGUUCAACACGCAGAAAUAGAGGAUGAUGGUAUACCCAAUGAAACUAAAAAUCCAGAAAAUAGGAACUUACUUGAAAAAAAGAUUUAAAGUGGUACGGAGAACAAUGUAAGAAGUUUGAAGAUUUUUAAAAUUCCUGACAUGUGCCUUAUCAUUUUCAAAAUGUGAGAAGAUUAUGUUACACAUGCAUGGUCCACACAACCUGUUGACAGAUUUAUUGUGCCACUGUGAUAUAAGGGUUUGACUACCAAAUAUCAACCAUCAGCUGAAUUAACCCAUUGACACUUUGUGGAUGUGUUUUGCGAUGGACAAUAUAAACUUGUGAAAAUUUUAAGAGGACCUCGUGCCCAUUACCAAUGCAGUAUACCUUAGGAAAGAAGUGAAUGCCUCUGUACGUUGUUAUCAGAGAUCCCGCUUGAUCUCUGUAUAUGUUUACUACUGAGAGGAUUCACCUUUGGAAUAUUUAUUUCCUUUAAUUUAUUAGAACGGUUCUACAAUUUUUAACUAAACAUCAGUUUGUGCAAACAUCUUGGGCAUCUGCUUGGCGUGUGCUGUUUGACCCUUUGAAGAUGUUACAUUUGUGAUAACGGUAAGACUUCUGCAGCAGACCAACACAGCAAAGUUUCAUUGUUACAAUAUCCUUGUGUAAUUGCUAAAGACUAAGCACUCAACAAAAAAGUCUGCAUGUUAUAUCUUUGUAAUUUAAUAUGCAAUAUCUAAGACUGAUCUUGACAAAUGUUAAUUUCUCAGAGCUCUCUUGCCCUGCUGUUACAAAGUUUUCUAUAUUACUGUAGGUCUACGAUAUGGUGUUGGGAAUAAUAUUACACAGAGUAAUAAUUCAGAGAAAGCAUGUUGAUUAUAUUGAUCUAUGGUAAUUCUCUUGUCUGUGAUUCUUCUGCAAUUGAUGCAAUUCAUUGGUAUUGGUUCUUGAAAAUUAAUAUCAAUAAAAUGAAGACAGAGCCUGAUAAAGUUAAGCAGGUAUUUUUAAUCACUGUUUUACUUAUUUUUUCCUUUUCUUUUGUAUGAAGGCUACACCCUUGAUCCAGCCUUCUAUCAUGGAGGCUGGUAAAACAGGUUAGACAUCCUGAAGCUGCUUUGAGUGCAGGUGCUGCAGUUCACAAAGAUCAAAAGGAUAAUCUUCCAGGGUCAGAUAUUUCUUCUCUGUAGAACUCUGAUCUAUGGUUGAUUAGGAACAGACAGGUAAAUUCACAGGAUACUUAAUAUAUUUAUGUCAGAAAUGGUCCAGUCUGAAAUCUGCAACCUCAGGAAUUUACAAGUGGUUUAAAGAUGCAGAAGACAACAACUUUGGAAAUGCAUGCACCUUGAUCUGCAAUCUGGUUUAAAUUGGGAUUCCUAAUCACACCAAAUUCCAAAGGGUUUUAGCAAUUAAACCCCCAAUUAAAUCUGGAAACUUUCCUAAUUGGGCUACUAUGUUUGCUAUUUAUUCCCUUUCACCCUGUCCCUGACAUUUCACUGCACAUCUCGUAUGUGUAUGUGACGAAUAAACUUGACUUGACACCUCGCCCUGUCUGGCACCACCUGCAAUCUAGUGGAACCUAUAUGGCCCUCAUCAAUAGGAUCCUAUGUCUCAAGCUCCGGGUUAUCAGCUAUCUCUUAAUGCAAAUAUCCCUGAGGUUCUGUACUGACUCAAUAUUGGAUCAAUACUAAGAGCUGGCCUUUGGAAAUUUAUAACUGAGGGGCAUCUGGUUGAUUUUGUCACAGAUCCAACAGACUCGCAGAUAAAGUUACGCAAGGCAUCUGUUGACGUAGUCAACAAAUUUGGAGAGCAAAUUGUGGCCAUGCAUUUAAGCAAAAACAAAAUCUCAGAAUAGUAUAUUUUAAACAGUUUGGCAUGAUGUAAACAAACAGUAAAUGAAAGUGCAGAUGCUGGCUAUCAGAAUCAAAACUGAAACAUGCUGGGGACACAGAAGAUCAGGCAGCAUUGAGAAAAAGAAAACCUAGUUAAUAUUUCAGAUCAAAAACCAGAUUGGAUGAAUGUAAGAUUAUUUACA